AAAACAUUUGUCUGUUCUGAGUGUGGUAAAAGAUAUGGGGGAAAGAGCCACCUGAACAGACACAUGAUAAUUCAUACAGGCCAAAAACCAUUUGUUUGUUCUGAGUGUGGAAAAAGAUUUGGACUAAAGAGCACUCUGAACACACACAUGAUAAUUCAUACAGGGCAAAAAGCAUUUGUCUGUUCUGAGUGUGGUAAAAGAUUUGGACAAAAGACCACUCUGAACAAACACAUGAUAAUUCAUACAGGGCAAAAAGCAUUUGUCUGUUCUGAGUGUGGUCAAAGAUUUGGACAAAAGGGUGCUCUGAACACACAUAUGAUAAUUCAUACAGGGCAAAAAGCAUUUGUCUGUUCUGAGUGUGGUCAAAGAUUUGGACUAAAGAGCACUCUGAAAAAACACAUGAUAAUUCAUACAGGACAAAAAGCAUUUGUCUGUUCUGAGUGUGGUCAAAGAUUUGGACAAAAGGGCGGUCUAAACAAACACAUGAUAAUUCAUACAGGACAAAAACCAUUUGUCUGUUCCGAGUGUGGCCAAAGAUUUAGGCGAAAGAGCCACCUGAACAGACAUGAUAAUUCAUACAGGGCAAAAACCAUUUGUUUGUUCUGAGUGUGGAAACAUAUUUGGACUAAAGAGCACUCUAAACACACACAUGAUAAUUCAUACA